AUGUCGGAAUUGGACGAAUGUGCGAUUUGUUGCGAAACAGAAGAUAGAAGGUAUCAUGCAACAACUUCACAAUGCACACAUAAAGUCGUUAUUUGUGUGGAAUGUGUUAAUAAACACAUUAAGAUCCUUCUCAACGAAAAACAACUCCUCAAAAUUCCCUGUCCCACGAAAGGAUGUAACAAAAUAAUGGAAAGACAUGACAUUAAAAAGAUCGCAACAGAAGAAAUCUUUGAAGAAUAUGAUUUGCUUGCUUACAAAAUUACGAUUCAAAGGAUCCCGGACUUCAGGUGGUGCAAAGUUCCUUGUGGAGCUGGACAAAUUCAUAUAGGAAAAGGUAUUAUUACAACAUUAAAGAGACUUUCAUUUCGAGGUUACGUUCUCACCUUCCGAUAUUUUAUAGAUAAAACUCCAGUUGUCAUCUGUGAAGGUUGUGGUGGGAAAUCAUGUUAUACUCACGAAGUUGCCUGGCAUAUGGGCCAAACUUGUAAAGACUACGAAAGCAAUAAGAAAGAAGCAGACUUUGCUACUACAGAUUAUAUUUUACGAGAAACGAAGGGAUGUCCUGGAUGUUCUAUACCUAUCGAAAAAAAUAAAGGAUGUGACCAUAUGACUUGUCGUAAAUGUUCUCAUGAAUUUUAUGUUUAUACAAACAUCCUAGCCAUCAGCCUACUUGUAGUCAUUAUAGGAGCAGACAAAUUUUUUUAG